AGGGUUAAAUCUAGUUCUGGUUCUGUAAAUCUGGACCAGGGUUAGAUAUAGUUCUGGUUCUGUAGAUCUGGACCAGGGUUAGAUAUAGUUCUGGUUUUGUUAAUCUCGACCUGGUUCAGACCUGAAUAGUGAAGUUUGGGUUGAGUUUGUUGAAAACUAAAUCCAGUAUUAGACCUGGAUCCGUCUUUGUUAUUCUGGAUCUGAAUCGGACCAGAUCGUCUGAACCCAGGAUCUGGAGAUGGACCAGUGGACGGGCAGGAUCUGAACCAUCAACCUGAUCUGCUGUCAUGCACACGAUCCACCGUCUGUGUCAAGUCUGCAUCGGACAUAACCUUCCUCAGGUGAACGUUGUUCGAGGAAAAGAUGGUUUUGGAUUCACGAUCUUCUCAGACUGUCCCGUCAAAGUCCAAGCUGUCGACCCCGGAGGUCCGGCUCAUCGGUCUGGUCUCCGGCAGGGAGACUCGGUCCUGCAGCUCAACGGACUUCCUGUGGAAACCUGGAAGUGUGUCGACCUCGCCCACGCUAUCAGGAGCUGUUCGUCUCAGAUGGUGUUGGUGGUCUGGAGAGGUUUACCUGAGCUCAGGUCAGGAUGUGAAGCUUUGCUCCGCCCACCAACGCACAACAAGACAACAGGCAGGAAGCUGCUGCCUCACCCCUCCCACAGUAAACAUGGCCGCCGGUGGGGUCAGGGGUCAGGGGUCCGGUCUAGUUUGGGGGCUCUGGGUUCUCUGUGGAGGGACAGGAAGGAGGACCACGAGGAGGAGGAGGAGGAGGAGCAGGAGGAAGAUCAGGAGGUGACUCAGUACCCGUCUCACACCACCACACUGAAGGGAACCCGCGUGACAUCAUCAAAUGGAGACAAUUACAUCAUCCUGUCACCUGUAAAUCCAGGAGGACAGCUGCUGCAGCCGGUUUAUCAGGACAGUGAUGGAACGAUCGGGCGUCUGUACCAGACUCACCCCAGCAGAGGUCAGAACCUCCACCACGACCCUCGACCCGGGUCUUCACAGCGACUGUUCAGCGGCUGCACCUCCACCCUGCCCCCGCCCCCCCUACCGCCUCUUUAUCAGCCCCCCAGCAGCUACGGCAACUACCAGAACUGCACCAUCGUCCAAUCACAUCUGCCCUACUCUGCCUACGGAACCUACGUUACCCUGGCGCCCAAAACCCUCAUCUUCCCCAUCUUCGUCCAGCCUCUGGACCUCUGCAGUCCCGACAGAACCCUGCUGAUGUCGGAGGAAAUGGUUCUACACCAGGCCGACCUCCUGCCUGCAAAGGUGACCGUGUUGAUCUACAGUGACCUGCUGCUCUUCACCAGAGAGGACGAAGCUGGACGCUGCAACGUCCUACAGAGUCCACUGUACCUGAACACACUGCAGCUCAGAGAGGUCCCCUCCCAGCCCCUCCUCCUCUACCUCCUGGUCCGGUCCGGUCGUCUCUUCAGUCUGGAGGCGUUCAGUGUCGAGCAGAGACUCAGAGUCAGAGACUGUCUCCAUGACAACCAGCAUCUACAGAGGAGCAGUGAGACGGGACGACAGCAGCAGCUCUCACACCUCCCCUCAGAUCUUGGCCUCCUCUCUCUCGGUCGGUCUGACCUCCUCACUCGGACUUCCAUUCCUUGUUCUUCCUCCGAUCCUCCCCUCCCCCGCUGCACCUCCCCCUCCUCCUCCCUUUGUGACCCCCUCACACCUGCCUCUCCCUCUCGUUACUCCCUUAGCUAUCCCUUCUCCUCCUCCACACCUCCUCCGCCCGUCUCCUCUCUCUCCCCAUACGACUCCCCCUCCUCCCCUCCUCCCAGGACCUUCACCAUCCCUCGUCACCUCCUCCCCCAGCCCUCCCCCUCUCCCACCCAGAGCAGUCCAGUCUGGAAGGAGCGAGGAGGAGCAGAGGAGGAGAGGAGGAAGAGGAGGCGUGAGGAGGUGGAAGAGGUGGAGGAGCGGCAGCAGGGGGGGGAGAGCGCCUCGGAAACAUCAGAGAACGUGGGAGGGGGGGGGCGGGGCCUCCAGAUCAGCUCCCAUCACUUCAACAAGGAGGAGGAGGAGGAUGAAGAAGAGGAGGAGGAGGAGGAGGUGACCUUCCCCCACAGACCUGCAGGUCCGUCUGUUGGUUCGGUUCUGCGUCGCUCGCUCUCCGAGGGUUCUCUGCUGCAGGAACCUCGAUCGCCCCGCUUCCUGUCCGACAGCACCCUUCACCGACUCACCCGACCCCUGACCUUUGACCUCCAGACCGGAAAAACAGGCUCCGCCCCCCGCCCCCCCUCUGUUCACGCUCUGAGGAAACAGCUGACCAAAGAAGGGGGGUCUCUGCACCACAUGCUGGUGCUGCUCAAUGGUACCAAGGAUACAGAGUUCAGAAACCUUCAACUGAGGAAGAAGACCAAGAGUCUAGCUGCUGAUGUUCGGACACGCUUGCUGUUUCUACGACGACGGAAAAACAUCACCUGUUCCCAUGGCAACAGUUUGGAGAAAGCUCUGAGAAACAACAGACCGUCUACAGGGGAGGUUCUCCGGUGGGAAGCGAGCCUGGAGGCUCUGCUGAGCAAUCAGUAUGGUCUGGCAGUGUUCCGUCACUUCCUGAAGUCGGAGUUCAGCGAGGAGAACCUGGACUUCUGGUUGGCUGUGGAGAGAUUCAAGAGGACACGCCCCCUCAGCAAGAUGGCCGCCAGGGCAGCAAAAAUCUACGAUGAGUUUAUUUCUACCAACGCAUCCAGACAGGUCAACGUGGACUCAUCCGUUAGAGAAUCGACCAAUCAGGGCCUGCGCGUCGCCGUUAACCUGGCGUCCUUCCAGCUGGCUCAGGAUCAAGUUUUGUGCCUGAUGGAGAGCGACAGUUACCCACGAUUCCUCAGGUCCCGUCUCUACGCCCAGCUGGCCAAUCAGAGACAGACUGCCGCAGAGUCAUCCAAUCAGAGUGCAGCUGGGUCUCUAUCUGACGGCCAAUCGUGAGCGAGGAGGAGACACAGACCAUCACCUGAUUGGCCAUCAGCUCCAGUCAUCUAUUCAAACAAGAGCCGGCCAAUGAGAGGAAACUUCAGCUGCAUUAUGGGAAAUGUAGGAUCCAGUGUUUCUGCUGCUCAGAAAUGGACCGUUCUGUUUUUAAAGUACUGCAUGUGGAUGCUAGCCUUUAGCUCCUCUCAGUGUGUUCCUUGCUCCGUGAGAGGCAGAAUGUCCUGUUUCUUCACAGUUUAAAUGAUAGAAUUCACUCUUUGUUAGAACCAAAGAUCUGAUGAUCUCACGCAGAUUUAUAGACAUUUAAUUUGUUUGUACAUUGUUUGUCUGCUCGAUUAACUUUUUUCUUUUUCUAGUUUUUAGUGGGACUCCUGAUAUAUAUAUAUAUGUGUGUGUUAUUAGAAGAGUAGAGUUAAACUGUUGUUACUGUAACAGAAGAUUAUUAAAAUAUACGUUUAUAUUCUCACUGAUGGAUGAAGAGACGAUGUGAUGGAGACGGUUUUACAAUAAACGAUGA